AUGGAUACCAGCAACCUCCUGGCGGGACUCUUCCUUCUCCUGGUGUCGCUUCAUCGCUUCAUCUCAGGAUUUUGUCCGGAGCGCUGCGACUGUCAGAACCCACGGCAUGUCUUGUGCAGCAACCGAGGGCUGCAGAGGGUUCCGAAGACCUCCGCCGCGUCCGAGGCGGUUCAGGUCCUGAGCCUCAGUGGGAACUUCAUCAGCAAUAUAUCUGAACUGGACCUCGCUGGAUACAGCGACCUAGUCAGGUUGAAUUUACAGUACAACCAAAUUGACUCGAUUCAUCCCAGAGCAUUCCAGAAUCUAUCCAAGCUGGAGGAGCUGUAUGUGGGUCAUAAUCUGCUGGCAAGUCUUCAUCCUGGGACUUUGAAGGCGUUGAGGAAAUUAACCACUCUUUAUAGCAACAGUAACCACAUAAGGAGGAUCGUGCCGGAGGACUUCAGCGGCCUGGAUCAUCUGGUCAAGCUUCGCCUGGAUGGCAACACUAUUGAGCUUCUUCAGGACUCUGUGUUUGAAGGUUUGGGAGGUCUUCUUUAUCUCCAUCUGGAAUCCAACCAGCUGCAUCACAUCCAUAGAAAUGCCUUCUCAAAGCUCCACCACCUGCGAUAUCUGAAUCUAGACCACAACAAGCAGCAAACGCUACGAGGUGCCCUCACCUUCUCACACCUCACGUCUUUGACUACUUUACUGCUGUCCGACAACCAAAUCCAUCAUGUCGGGAAACACGUCUUCAAGAAUCUGGGUCGACUGACCAAACUCACCCUCAGCAACAACAGACUCUCGGGUCUGACUGCAGAGGCUCUGAGGGGUCUCUCCAGCUUGCGGGAGUUCCACCUAGAUGGGAACCAGCUGGAGGAGAUUCCCUCCGGGCUUUUGGACCCCCUGAAGAGCUUAGAGGUACUAGACCUGAGUCGCAACCACAUUUCUAACGUUGACCCAUUGGCGUUUAAACAUCUUGCACAUCUGAAGGUGUUGAAGCUGAAAAGCAACAAGCUCACGAGCUUGUCAGGUGAGAUCUUUGCUCUGAACCACUGGCUCUACGCUGUUGAUCUGCAUAGUAACAACUGGACAUGUGACUGUCGGAUGGAGCGGCUGAAGAGAUGGAUGGCGGACGCUCACGCUCAGGGGAAGAUGCUGACGGUGUUUGUCCAGUGUCAUCAGCCCGUCGAUCUUCGAGGGAAAUACCUGGACCACGUGAAUAGCUCUCAGCUUCUCAGGACGUCCUGGGCUGAUUCGUGCCUCCGUGAUCAAGCUUUGGUUGGGGGGUUUGAGCAGGAACUCCAAGGGGACCAGAGCAGGGUAGAGCUUCAGAGAGCUAAGCCAAUGACGGAUUCAUUAAGACCAAAGUCACGAACUGCCAAAGAGACAUCUGGGAAAAGAGUUAAGGCGAGGUCAGAUGUCACUUCAAGAAGUGAUUGGCUGGUAUUUUCCACUGCUCAGAGCCUGAAGAGAUCCCCCACAACCUCACUCCCCGUCCGCUCCGGAGAGAAGUUUGACCUGCUGAGGUCAGAACGGGAGCAGAACCUGCCAGUGAUCACAGAUCCAUGCGUGUUCAACCGCCUGUUCAUCACUAACGUCACCGUGGACCAGGUGACGUCCAGCAGUGUCAACGUGUGUUGGACCACCAGGGAUCACCACCGCUACACCCCUGGAACAACCGAGAAUGAAGUGCACUACCGGAUUCUCUUCGACCGGUUUGGGGCGGCGGAGCGCUUCCCUCGGUAUGUCUACGCCAGCGGCUCAGCUCGGUCCGUCACGCUACAGGAGCUCAGCUCCGAUGUGACCUACAUGGUGUGUGUCGAGGGAGUCGUGGGAGGAUCCGUGUGUCACGUGGCACCGCGGGACCACUGCUCUGGACUUGUGACCCUACCUGAAGGCAGGCGCUCCCUGACCUCUGACCUCCAGCUGGUGACCAUCAUCACGGUGGCCUGUAACGUCCUGCUCCUGGCGGUCAUCGGUGGGGUCUGGCUGGUGCGCAGUUUGAGGAAGAGGAUGCAGAGGAGGAAGUCGGCGGUCCACGUCCGCCACAUGUACUCCACCAGGAGACCCUUUCGCCCUAACAUAGCCACAGCGGCCGUGUCCUCCGACUUCACUAGUUACCAGAGCAGUCGUCCAUCCCGACUUGGUCCGCUGGAGGAAGACCUCAUCGAGUUCCCAUGUGAUCGCUUUCAGGAUAACACCUGUGCUCGCAGGGACAGUGACCUGCAGCGGUUCUCGGACUAG